CUCUGUCUCUCUCUCUCUCUCUCUCUCUCUUCCUUAUCAUCAUCAUCAUCACACACUCUCCCUACACAAGCGGAUCUUUCUGAUUCAUCUCCACCAUUUCCAUCGUUUCUACUUCUGCUCAUACUUCAGCUUAAGCUCCAAGUGGAUCAAUAUGUCAAUGACGGAAGAAACAAAGACGACGAAGCUCGAAUCGGCGGGAGAGACUUCGGACGUUGAGAACGGCAACUGUAGCAGCAGCGGAAGUGGAGGCGAUACUAAGAAGACUUGCGUUGAUUGCGGAACAAGCAAGACUCCUCUCUGGCGCGGUGGCCCUGCUGGUCCUAAAUCAUUGUGCAAUGCGUGUGGGAUCAAGAGCAGGAAGAAGAGGCAAGCGGCUCAUGGGAUUAAACAAGAGGAUAAUAAUAAUAAGAUCAAGAAGAACAAAAGUAGCAAUGAUCUCGCUCUCGAUGAUCAGACGGUGAAGAGCAAGAUGAAGACAGGGACUGAGGAUUGUAAUAAUAGCAAGAAGAGUGUGAAAGGGGCUAGUAGGUUUUUGGAUUUUGGGUUUAAAGUGCCGGUGAUGAAGAGAUCUGUGGUGGAGAAGAAGAGGCUAUGGAUGAAGAUGGGUGAAGAGGAACGAGCAGCUGUACUUCUCAUGGCUCUUUCUUGUGGUUAAGAGUUUUAAUUCUCGACUCUUUUUUUGUCGGAAUGGUUUAGGAAGGGAUUAGGGAAGAAAAUAAGUUAGUAAGGAAAUAUUUAUAUGUGUAAUCGGUAAUCAUGUCUGAAGACCAAGCUAAUGUUAUGCCACUUACUAAUUAAUUGACUAUUCGUUUUCACUAUUGUAGUUAAUAAUUCAA